GUGCUCCCUCCUGUACCCCUCCGCCGGGUCACUCACACUUUUCCGCGCUCUCUUUAACGGCGUUUCUCGGCGCUUCCCGAGUUUCCGGUGUGUUCCCCGGGUCACGGAGUCUCCCCCGCGGCCGUGCUCGGUCAUGCUUUAACUUUCGGCCCCGCGGCCGUGCUGUGGAGCCCCGUCCAUGUGGAUCUACUUCCCCGAGGCGAUGACAGGCGGUGCUGCGGCGCGUCUUAAACAUGGCCACCAUGAUGGAGUAAACGCUACAACUUUACUAUUCUCAUUUUUCUUUUCUUUUUUGGAGUUUUUGUUCUCUCUCCGUCUCACCCGAACGAGGAAUGUUUCAUCUCGAAACCUCUCCCCGAGCAUCCGGUCCGUGUGAGAGCCUUGGGAGGGAGAAAAAGUUUUUAUUCUCGGAUUACCUGCUGAAUUAAGUUGGAAAGGAAAGAAGGGGGAAAAAAAGAAUCGCAUCGAUUCCAAUGUCAUCAGAGGAUAAGAGUGAGAAUCCCUCUGAGCAAGGACCUUCUCCUCCGCAGAGCAGUGCCGGGGCCACGCCCUCAGGGAGCCCCGCCCCCGCGGACAGGCGCAUCAGAGGUCGGCCCCGCAGGGACUCUACAAACUCCGCCCCCACACCCAGGCCUACACGCAAGUCUCGUAGUCGAGGCAGAGCUCAGGCUGAUGAUGAGGACAGCAUGGACGCCACGGACGCCACGCUGCCGCCAGGGAUGGAAGCCAUGGACUUGGACGUAGACGACGAUGAGGAGGAGGACUUCCCUCAGACGCUGUCGCCGCUCUUCCAGCGCUCGGUGUCUGAGGACUCGGCCGGCUCGUCUGCCUCGACCACUGGGAAAACCAAAACUAGAAAAAAGCUGUGUGCCUUCUGUUACUGCGGCGAGCGGAGUGUUCUGGGUCAGGGCGAGCUCAAGCUCUUCGGCCCGACCCCGGGUUACGUCCCGCUGCACAUCCGGAACCGCCGCGGCAGCUCCGAGAAGGACGACGACUACCACGACGAGGACGACGACAACGACUUCAACGAUGACGGCGAGAACGCCCGGAGCCCGGGCCAGCGUGGGAGGGGCCUGAAGAAGAUCAGCUCUCCAGACAGCGGACUGCACUCGUCCUCGGCCCCGGGCAGCACCGACCCGUUCAGCGACGAGCCCGUCCACAAGCUCUGGGACGAACUGGGCCAGCUGGGCCUCCCACACGACAUCAACGUGCAGUCCUUAUUCGACCCCACUGGGCAGUGCUGUGCUCACCUGCGGUGUGCGGCGUGGUCAGAGGGGGUGUGGCGCGGUGAAGGAGGCCAGGCUCAGCUCUACGUGGACAAAGCCAUUGACUCAGGGAGCACAGAGUACUGUGCAUAUUGUAAGCGCCUUGGAGCCUCCAUUAAGUGCUGUGAGGAGGGCUGUAGCCGCUCCUAUCAUUUCCCCUGUGCUGCUGCCGCCAGCACCUUCCAGGACGUCAGGACGUACACACUGCUCUGUCCUGACCACAUCCAGCUCGCCCUCCUGCGAUAUAAAGAGAGUGUGAAGUGCCAGGUGUGUGACAGUCCCGGUGAUCUGCACGACCAGCUCUUCUGCACGUCAUGCGGUCAGCACUACCACGGUGCAUGCCUGGAAGUAGCAGUCACGCCGUUAAUGAGGGCAGGCUGGCAGUGUCCCGACUGUAAAGUCUGUCUCACAUGCAGGAACCCUGGAGAGGACAGCAAGAUGCUGGUGUGUGACAUGUGUGACAAAGGAUAUCACACGUUCUGCCUGGAGCCUGUAAUGGAGUCCAUCCCUACUGGGGGCUGGAGGUGUAAGAACUGUCGGACGUGUGCGCAGUGUGGUGCCCGAGCCACAGGUCAGUGGACGUCCAGCGGUCUCUGUGAUUGUUGCCAACAGCAACAACACCCUUCACCCACAUGUCACGUUUGUGGGCGGGGCCAGGACUCAGACGCUCCCAAGGACACACUCGUAUGCAGCACAUGCAAAAGGUGUGUACACGCCGAGUGUGUGGAGCGGGACGGGCCGGAGCCCGGCGCGCAGGUGCAGGACGGAUACACGUGCAGCGCGUGUAAGCGGCCGGACCAGGACGGCACCGAGGACGCUCAGGUUGACGCCGUGCGGGACGCCGUGCUGUCGGAGGCCGAGGCGGCGGAGGGAGCUUUCAUGGCUGUCGAAGAGGAAGUUUCAGUUUCACUGGAACCAGAUAAUACUGCACUUCCUGUUCCCGAAGAACCAAAAGAGUCUCCAUCAGCUGCAGAGCCUGCUCAGGAGAUCCAGGUGACUGUUACUUUGACCGAGGGCUCAUCUGCAUUAGCAUCUCCGCUUACUUCUCAGUGUUGUGCUGCUGUGGUGGACCAAGAUGAUGAGGAGUCUCAUGAUGCUAUCACACCAAUGGAAACUGGGAAGGAGCAAGAGAUCACGCCCGGGCCUGUGGAAAGCGAGGUGGAACCAAAUAUGGUGGAUGUUCCGAAAGUCCUCCUUGCUUCUCAUACCAAAGAAUCCUACCCUGAGCCUUCACCACUGACUGUGGAGGAGCCGGAGCCCAUGGAUUUGGGUGCUUCAGCUCCGGAGGAGUCAGUUGAGAAAAGUGUCCCAGACUCGUUGGUUUCAGAUGUAGUGGAGGAUGUUGGGCAGGGACUAGAGAAAGAGCCAGAGCUGCGGAAGACACCGCAACCGGAGGAGGCAAAGGAAGAAGAAGAGGAGGUCGUAUCUGAGCCAGCUUUGCCUGAGGAGGUCAGCAUUCCACUGGGCACGGAGAGCAGUCCAACCCUGGAGAUGGAUACUACGCCUGGCAGCGAGCUCAGCUUCUCAGGCUUCAGCUCUCCUGCCACGGAAGAUAAGGUACCAAGCCUUAAACGGUCUCCAGCGUUGUCUCCAGAUGGCUCGAUCAAGCUUUGCCAGUCACCGUUUUCUACGGAGGUCUCGCCCAGGGAGACACCUACACACGGCCACAAUACGCCCGGGUACAGCCCCGGCGGUCCCCCUGCUGCAUUCUUCCCUCUCACCCCAAAGAUCGGAAUGGGAAAGCCAGCCAUCUCCAAGAGGAAGUUUUCUCCAGGAAGGCCCAGAGCGAAGCAGGUUGGAUGGAGCAGCCGUAGUGCCGUGAGCUCCCCGUCCUGGUCUCCGGAGUACUCAGAGGCCUCGGAUGGCUCUAAGAACCGGCAUCAGCAGGGCGAGCUCGUCUGGACGGCGAGACUGGGUCGGGGGUCGGGGUUCCCCGGUCGGAGGCGUCCCCGUGGGGCGAACCUGUCGGGGCGAGGGGGCAGAGGACGAUCCCGACUCAAGUUAGACAGCAGCUUCCUGGUCACCCCUGGGGUGAACUUUCUUGAGACUCCACACGUGGUGAAGGAGGAAGAGGAGAACAGUAUGCACAACACAGUCGUCAUGUUCUCCAGCUCGGACGCCUUCACACUCAGACAGGACAUGUGUGUGGUGUGUGGGAGUUUUGGACAGGGUGCUGAGGGCAGACUCCUGGCCUGUUCUCAGUGUGGUCAGUGCUAUCACCCGUUCUGUGUCAGCAUCAAGAUGACGAAGGUGGUGUUGAAUAAAGGCUGGCGGUGUUUGGAGUGUACGGUGUGUGAGGCGUGUGGACAGGCCAGCGAUCCCGGACGCCUGCUGCUGUGUGACGACUGUGACAUCAGUUACCACACCUACUGUCUCGACCCGCCCCUGCAGAACGUCCCCAAGGGCAGCUGGAAGUGCAAAUGGUGUGUAUCGUGCACUCAGUGUGGAGCCACGUCCCCCGGGCUGCGCUGUGAUUGGCAGAACAACUACACGCAGUGCGGCCCGUGUGCCAGCCUGGCCGUGUGCCCGGUGUGUGUGCGGGGGUACAGGGAGGACGAGCUGAUCCUGCAGUGCCGGCAGUGUGACAGGUGGAUACACGCGUCCUGUCAGGGUCUGAACUCGGAUGAAGAUGUGGAGAACGCGGCGGACGACGGCUUCGACUGCACCAUGUGCCGCAUGCUGUCGCCCCCGAACCCGGUUGGUCCAGUUGUGAAGCUCACAGAGAGCAGCAGCAUCCCCGAGCCACCGGUGGUCAUACAGGCCGCGCCUAGAAUCAAGGAGUAUGACUUCCAGAAGACGUACACUCAGGACGGCGUGUGUCUGACCGAAUCGGGUCUGUGCCAGCUGCAGAGCCUGUCCGUGCCCUCUGGACGGCGCCGCCGGGCCAAACCCAAACUCCGACUCAGGAUCAUCAACCAGAACAGCGUGGCCGUGCUUCAGGCGCCGCCGGAUCCACAGUCCGAGUUCUCCAGGGAGGGCGACAUGGACGACAGCAGAGAGGGCGAUCUGAUGGACUGUGACGUGAAGUCUGACUCCAGCCCCGAGCGAGAGCCCGUCGACGAAGAACUGAAGAGCUCUGAAGGCCUCGACGGAAUCAAGAAGAGGAAGAGGAAACCCUACAGGCCAGGUAUUGGUGGGUUUAUGGUUCGCCAGAGGAGCAAGACCGGGCAAGGCAAAAACAAGCGAUGCCUGAUUAGGAAGGACUCUACUGGAUCGUUCCUGGAAAACCCACCUGGGAAAGAGGAAGGCUGGAAUGAACCAGACACACCUGUAGACGAGACGCCGCCCGUUCCUGAACCUUUAGAGAAGGUCAAGAAGAGGUACAGGAAGAAGAAAACCAAACUGGAGGAGGCGUUCCCUUUAUAUCUCCAGGAGGCGUUCUUCGGGAAGGACCUCCUGGAUAAGAGUAAACAGAGUAAGCAGGCGCUGGAGCCGGGGCCAGGAGACGAGGACGUGGCACACGGAGACAGCAAACCGCCCAGCGCCAACUCCAGCUUCCUGGAUCCCUCCUCAGAUCCACUCCUCAGUGCCGCAGCCACGCCCAUCUCCGGGAAAGCUGGGACCCUGCCCAGUGCACAGGACCCCUUAGCCGAGUUGGUUCUCCAUUCAGACCAUGAUCUUCUCGGGAUGCUGUCGGAUACAGGCCAUGAUUCAGGUCUUGAUUUAUGCCCUUUCCAGGUGGACAGCUCCCCCUCUCCGUUCGCCGGUUUGGAUAUCGGGGCCAUUUCUGAUGACCCCCCAGGCCCACCUCAGCCUGUUCCUGUACGGGGACCUCGACAUCUGCAGGAAGAACCACUGGAUGUAAUUCUCAGCCCUGAACUGGACAAGAUGGUGACUGACGGAGCUAUCCUCAGCAAGCUCCAGAUUCCAGAGCUAGAAGGGAAGGACGUGGAAGACUUGUUUACGGCAGUGUUAAGCCCAAGCACCAGUCAGUCAUCUCAGCUUGCACAGCCUCCCAACACCAUCCCUAAUGUGCCGGUCAUGACAGUGCCACAACAAGCGCAAGUUUCAGGUGAUAACGCUAUGUUCCCUCGCAUGCCUGUUAUGAAUGGUAUGAUGGGUCCAAACCCGGCCUUUCCCCCAAAUUCCAUGAUGCCUGGAGCUGGCAUUUCUAGCAAUUUCUCUCCCAUUCACCGAAUGCCUUUUCAUGAAAGCAUGAGAGAGAAGAAGUUCAGCCAGAUGGGGAGCGAUAUGGCUGGUCCCUGGAGUGCUCCCGUUCCAAUGCAUGGUCCAGCUGCACCUGCAGAGCCAGAAACAGAUGCCAUGUCCAGUGCCCAGAGGAGCACACUGAAGUGGGAGAAAGAGGAGACGCUCGGAGAGAUGGCCACUGUGGCACCUGUGCUCUACACUAACGUCAACUUUCCCAACCUGAGAGAGGAAUUUCCAGAUUGGUCAACUAGGGUAAAGCAAAUUGCAAAACUGUGGAGAAAGGCUAGUGCUCAGGAAAGAGCUCCAUAUGUGCAAUUGGCUCGGGAUAACCGAGCGGCCCUUCGCAUAAAUAAGGUUCAGUUGUCUAAUGACACACUGAAGAGACAGCAGCAGCAGCAGCAGCAGCAGCAGGCUCCUGACCAUUUUGACCCAAGCAUGUCCAUGGACACUGAUCAGCUCUUCAAAGACCCCCUCAAACAGAAGGAGUCUGAGCAUGAACAGGAGUGGAAAUUCAGACAGGGAGAGUUAAAUCAGAUGUUGGGACCCCUUAAGAAGCAGCAGGAAAAGGUCCCAAAAAGCAAAGCCAUAAAAUCAACAAAUAAAGACGUCCUUUUUGGACAUUCCAACCAAGCAUCUAUAGCUGCAGGAUGUGGAAAAAAAUCUCUGCAAAUGAGACAAAAGAGCAAGCAGCAGGCGAAGAUUGAAGCUACUCAGAAGCUUGAGCAGGUUAAAAAUGAACAGCAGCAACUUCAACAGCAACAACAGCAGCAACACUUCUGUGGCCAGUCAAGUGGAGAUACCACCAACAGUGGGAGUAAAAGUCCUGUGACACCUCAGCCCACGUCACCUCUACAGCACACGACAAUCAAGGAUACCUUUGUAAGGCCCCAGGUUCCUGGGACACCAAGCUCAUCUUCGGAUGAUGUAUUUUUGCGUCCUCAACUGCCACCCCCAUCAUCAGCAGCAAAAACUCCCACCCAGGAUACCCAGUACUCUCAGGGGUCAACAUCACAGCCUCAGUCUCCUCAGAUGUUUUCUCCAGGUUCAUCAGGCUCCCGUCCAUCAUCUCCUUGGGAUCCAUAUGCUAAAAUGGCAGGUACUCCUCGACCCCCACCCUCAGGAUCAAGAUGCUCAAUAUCUGACAUGCAGGAAAGGGGCAGGCCCUCUCCAGCCCACGAGUCCUUUGGCUCACCAACAAAUGCUGACGUGUAUUCAAAGCCACCAGACACACCCAGGCCGGCAGUCCCAUUUCUGAAACCCCUUGGUCCCCCCAGGCCUGGGUCUGUAUCAGAGCAGCAGCAUCUUCAGCAACAACAGGGUAGAUACAUGUUGGCUAAUGCUACACCUGGAGAAUUCAUCAGGCUAAACCAGAGAUCAGAGACAUACCAGCGAAUGCCUUCACGUGUUGUUCCAUCAGACCCUUACGCAAGGCCACCGCUAACACCCAUUCCUGGAAGUAAUGAAGCUGGCUCUGUGCCACUUUUUAAAACUCCCAUGCCUCCCUCACAUCCUCCCCAAGACUCCUUUAGUACAGGAGAGCUCGGCAUGAGACGUGGAUCAUCAGACGGCUAUAUUCAGGGCCAGCAAACUGAUCCUUAUGCGCAUCAACCUUUAACUCCUCAUCCAUCAUUUGCAGAUACUUUAAACACUGAUGGCAGAAUGAUGCGUCAGGGUUCAGGAGGCCCCUUUGCACAACCUAUGUCGAUGACCAGACAUCCUCAAAGAGAUCCUUAUGCACAGGCACCAUCUACACCUAGACCAGACUACUCUUCGCAAAUAGCUGAUCCCUAUUCUCAGCCUACGGGUACUCCUCGACCUCAUGAACCCUGUGCCCAGCCUCCUGGUACUCCAAGGCCUCAUUCUGAUCCAUUUUUAGUGCCUCCUUCCACACCUCGACCCAUUGAACAGUUUUCUCAGGCACAGUCUUCUAGCUGCAGGCAGUCUCCAUCUCAUACAAUGGAUCCGUAUGCCCAAAUGCCAGGUACUCCAAGACCAACACCAGCAGAACGAUACUCUAAAUCCCCAGGUAAUCAGAAAAAUGCUGAUAUUUACACGCAGGCUGCUGGAACAUCUCGGUCCACGACAGAUCCAUAUGACCAGCCACCUGGAACACCAAGACCAGUUCUCAAUGACCCUUUUGCUCAACCUCCUGGAACCCCAAGGCCGAGCCCUAUGGUUCAUACACCGGAUCCAUAUAGCCAUCAGCCUCAAAAUAGGAUGACUGAUCCAUUUGCUCAUCCGGCUGGCCCAGGAUCUCAAACCCCCAAACAUCUCGGCAUUUCGGAUGAAAACUUUGCCUUGCCACAGACAAAUACUAAUCAAACCCCUAUGCAUGACCCCUUUGAACAAGUACCUAUGACCCCAUGUCCACAGUCAGAUGAACGGCUGGCACCAGCUACAACCAGCUCAUUUGAUUCCCAGAACCUAAUGCAACCACCAACAGGGGAUACAGAGGAAAAGAAAUUACAGCGUCAGAGAUUACGCCAACAACUGAUCCUGAAACAACAGCAGCAAAAGGGUGUUAUCAGGCAAGAGAAAGGACUUCAAGAUGCUACUGGUACCCCUACACCUAACACUCCAUUGCAGUGGUCACAGGAUGAUUCUGUACAACCAAGUGAUGCAUUUUUAGCUCGUCCGCCACCGCCAUAUCCUGGAACAUUGAGAGCUUCCCCGAUGCCUGCAGGUCAGAGAUUUCCUGUACCUUUUCCUGGUGAUCAACGAGCACCAUUCUCUGAUGAGACUCGUUGCUCUCGGCCUCAGUUUUCCAGAGAUAUGGGCAAUAUGGUCCUAAGACCACCGGGGUCUAGGUUUGGAUUUCCACCGGGUGCAGCAGGUCAGGAGUCUUUCCUCCGUCCACCCCACCAGAUGCAAGGGGGACCAAUGAUUGAUAAUGUACCACCACAGUUGAGAAGGUCUCUGUCCGUUGAUCUAGGUAGAUCAAUGGGAGGCAACCCCCAAAUGGGCCUUCCUCAACACUUUGUACCCCGGGGCCUUCCAGUGCAACAGCACAACAUAAUGGGCCAGCCUUUUAUUGAGCUUCGGCACAGGGCACCAGAGAAUAGAGUCAGAUUGCCAUUUUUGCCACCCAACAUCUUGGACCAUACAAAUCACCCCCAAAGAGCUUCUACCAGCUUAAUGGGAGCUCACAAUAUGGCCUUUCCUGGGACCCAGGGUCCACGCCCUUUGACUCCAAUGAUGGGUCAUCCACAGCAAGUAUCUGUCGGGCAUCUCCACAUGUCAGCAAGCAUGGAGAAUUUGCAUCAGCAGGCAAACAUCCCAGAAAACACUGCUCCACAACAUCCUCCACUGUCAACCACAAUCACUCAUUCAGUUAGUGGUGAGGCACUUAAUUCUACCGAUCCAAUGCUUCUAGCAGGGACAGUACCAGGUCCAACAGAAGAGAUCCCAUUGCCUUGUGGUGAUGGAAUUGAGGAGAAGUUAGACACAGAUGACUCAGCAGUAAAGGAUCUUGAGGAUGUAGAAGUGAAAGAUUUGGUUGAUGAUGAUUUGGAAAAUUUAAACCUUGAUGCAGAUGAUGGCAAGGACAUAGAUUUGGAAACAAAUGACCUUCACCUUGAUGAUUUUAUCGAAUCUGGGAAAUUUGACCUCCUUGCUUAUGCUGAUCCUGAGCUGAACCUUGAGGACAAGAAAGAUAUGUUCAAUGAGGAGUUAGAUUUGAGUGACCCCAUAGAGGAUGACCAUGGUGAACCCUCUGUCCUUCAGAAGGUGUUGUCUGAGAAGAAAUCUCCUCAAACCGUAAAUAAAUCAGAGGAUGGUGAGCCAUCAUCUAAUAGCAAACAAGAAGAGAACCUAAAAGGGGAAUGCAAUAGUGGUCUAUUGACAGAAAGCACUAUAAAAACAGAAGUUAAACAGGAUUCCAUCAUCAGUGAGGACCACUCUGUUGGAGAUCGGCCUCUAGACAGUAAAAAUACCCAAGAAGAAAUGUCCAGUCUGUUUGAGGGAUCACCUCAGCAGAUUGGUUCAUCAAGUGCAGGAAUCCCUUCUGGUUCUGCUCCAGUACUCUCAAGGCUUUUAACCAAAGAAAAACUUGAUAACAAUGGGAUUAGCCCUGUAGCACCUCUUCAUCAUGGUAAUCAAGUCCAGGCUAACCAUGGUCUAGAACUUCAGACCAAUAUGGGCAUGGGACAAAACAAAGACCAUGGCAUGAACCCUGCUAUGGCAGUGGGACACAGUAUGGAUGCAUCACUGGGAGCCCCACAUACAUUGCCUGUUUGCAGUCAGCAGUUACCAGUUCAAGGAUUUGGAUCUUCACCAGGCCACCAAGUGGAUAUAAAUCUGCCUGUGCUGGGUGGCCAGCAGCCUAUGCCACACACACUUCAUCCCCAGGCCCAACAGGUGAUGUAUUCACAAGGGUCCAUAGGGCAGCAAGGCCCAAAAAUACCUCAGGGCCAGUCAAAUAGGCCAUUGCUCUUAGAUGAGCAACCUCUCCUCCUGCAAGAUUUGUUGGAUCAGGAGAGGCAGGAGCAGCAACAACAGAGGCAGAUGCAGGCUAUGAUUCGGCAACGCUCCAAUGACCCCUUUUUCCCUAAUGUUGACUUUGAUGCUAUUACAGACCCAAUCAUGAAGGCCAAGAUGGUAGCCCUGAAAGGAAUUAAUAAAGUGAUGGCACAGAAUAGCAUGGGAAUGCCAUCCAUGGUCAGAAUGCAACAGAUGCCCGGAGCACAAGGACCAGAUGCACAUGGAUUCCCUCAGCAUGGUUUUGGACAGGACGGGAAACCAACACCACCGCCGACAAGGCCGAGCCCCCCUAAUUUUGGACCUGGGUUUGUCAAUGAUUCUCAGAAAAAGCAGUAUGAGGAGUGGCUUCAAGGUACUCAGCAGCUGCUUCAAAUGCAGCAGAAGUUUUUUGAGGAACAGAUCGGGGCCCACAGGAAAUCCAAAAAGGCCCUCUCAGCAAAACAGCGCACAGCUAAAAAGGCAGGCCGUGAGUUUCCUGAGGAAGAUGCGGAGCAGUUAAAACAUGUGACUGAACAACAGAGUGUUGUUCAGAAACAACUGGAACAGAUCCGCAAGCAGCAGAAGGAACAUGCUGAGCUUAUUGAGGAGUACCGUGUCAAGCAGCAGCAGCAGCGCAGUAUGCAAGCCUCUAUGAUGAAUCCAAUGCAGCCCAUGCCAGGAAUGCCGGGCCAACCCACUGGCAUGAUGCCCGGUGGACUUCAUAUGGGCCAGCCCAUGAUGGGUCCAAUGCAAUCACAUCCUGGUCAGCCCAACCCCAACUGCAUGCCUAACAUGGCUGGCUGGCACCCGGGUGGCCCUGGACCAAUUGGAGGAUCCAGAAUACCAUCUCACAUGCCUCCUCAGAUGCCGCCGGCCAACCCAGGUCAGCCACCUCAGGCCCAGCCACCACCUGCUAUGGUACCACCUGGUCAGCCUGGUGUACCUGUAGGCCAUGGGAUUGGAAAUGCCGCCCCACAUGUAAAAUUUGAUGACAAUAACCCAUUCAGUGAGGGCUUCCAGGAGAGAGAGCGCCGUGAGCGGCUGCGGGAACAACAGGAGAGACAGCGCGUGCAGCUGAUGCAAGAGGUAGAAAGACAGCGGGCUCUUCAGCGGCUGGAGAUGGAACAGCAGGGUGCAGGCAUGGCUCCAGAUGCUAACCGAGACAGCCUGGCCCACAUGCCCUUCUAUAAUACUGACCUACCCCAAGACUUCAUGCAGACUGCCAGACCUCAGCAUCCACAACAGAUGGGAUCAAUGUUCCCCCAGCAGGGCAGUACACCUCUAGACGUUGCGGGCCCUGGUGGAGCUUUCAUGCAGGGUGGUGAGCGACGACCCAUAGCUGGGUGUGCAGCUUUUCCAAGCCAGGACAUGGGGCCAAAUUUCCGGCCAAAAAGUCAAAUGAUGCAUGGACUCAACUUCAUGCCAGGUCAACCUCGGCCACCAACGAUGCCCCAAGGCGGAGGUGAAGGCACACCAUUUGGCAUGGAGUCAGCUACACCACUGCCUCCUAAUUACCCAGGGUCAGGCCAGUCUCUUAUACAAUUAUACUCUAACAUCAUCCCAGAGGAGAAAGGCAAGAAAAAGAGGAACCGUAAAAAGAAGAAAGAUGACGAUGCAGAUUCGGUGAAAACACCUUCCACACCUCAUUCAGACCUCACUGCUCCACUGACCCCAUGCGUUUCGGACACAUCUUCCACCCCCACACGCAAUGCUGCCCUACUUGGAGACCAGGACUCCUCUGAGCUCUCCAAUUCCUUAUCCUCCAUGUCUGGCCUGCCUCCAUCAACAGAGCUGGAGAGGCAGCUGUCGGGUAGUGGAAGUCUGUUUAGACGCCAGUCUAGUGUGGGUUCAGUGGGCUCUGAACGAGGAGUCUUCGAUGAACUGCAAGAGAUCAAGCAGGAGAAGCUGGACACAAGCGAGUGCCAGGGGGCUGAAGGGAUGUUUGGAUCAGGGGCAAAAGGCAUGGUGAAGGUCGAGGACAUCCAAGGCCUCACUGGGCAAAGUCCAGCACACAGUACCAAGAGCGAGUCUGGGAACGAACUUCUCAAACACCUGCUAAAUAACAAGAGCACACCACCACCAUCGACCACACCUCAUACGCACCAGACAUCCAGUGAUGGCCUGAGAUCAGAGGAAGAAGGAGUGGCCGAAAAUAAGGACUCUGUCAAGAUGGGUUCUGCUGAAUGUUUGGAUGUCAUGAAUAGCCAUUUGGCUGGUAAUUUGGAUUCUCUAGAGCCUUCUCUACCAGACCAAGGCAAGAAGAAACAGCGCAAUAAGAGAACACCAAAGAUAGGGGCUGAGAAACCUCAGUCUCGCUGGAAGAAAAGAAAGAAAGAGCAGGAGGAUCGUCAGGUCUUGUAUCCGACCACUGACACACUGAUGACGCAGCUUAAACAGCAGCUCUCGUUGUUGCCCCUUAUGGAGCCAUUGAUUGGCGUGAACUUUGCCCACUUCCCUCCGUACGGCAGCGGGCAGCUGAACGGCGAGAACAGACUGUCUGGAUCUUUUGGCAGUGCAUCACUGGAUGGGGUGUCAGACUACUACUCCCAGCUCAUCUAUAAGCAAAACAACCUGAGCAAUCCUCCAACGCCCCCUGCCUCUCUGCCUCCUACCCCGCCUCCUGUAGUGAGGCAGAAGAUGGUGAAUGGUUUCGCCACGGCAGAGGAGCUCGCCCGGAAGGCUGCUGUCAUAAGUGGGAACGAGGUGUCCAAAACCAUGGGACCGAAGCAGCUGCCAACCCCGUUCAAAAAAGAGGACGACCUCCUGUCUCAGGCCAUUUCUCAGGGACCCAAGACCGUUGACGUGCCUGCCUCCUUGCCAACACCCCCACACACCAAUCAAGAGGAGCUCCGUGUCCAGGACCAUUGUGACAGGGACACCCCAGACAGCUUUGUCCCCUCCUCGUCCCCGGAGAGCGUCACUGGCAUGGAGAUCAGCAGAUACCCGGAUCUGUCUCUAGUGAAGGAGGAGCGUCCGUCGCCUGCAUCCUCUCCUACCAUCUCGAUGCUGCCCAGUGCCAGCGGGAAAGGCACCGAGGUCAUGCAGUGGGAGGUAAAGAAAGAACCCCAGAGCAAUUUCUUCGGCUCCCAUUUUGAUCAGCCCUUCUCCUGCUCCAAGGCUGGUCUGAUGUCCGUAUCGCUCACACUCAAUCAAACCGCAGCGGAGAACAUUCAAGGAGUCAUGACGGCAGUAUCCAACUUGCUUUGCGUCCCUCUCCCUGCCAACUAUGAGGUGUCUCGUACCCUGAGUCCAGAGCCACGCCACUCCUUGGCCAUGCUUGCGAACCUUAAAGUCCCUCCACCACACGGGCUCAACCCUCGCCAGGCCGCCAUGUUCCCCCAUCCUGGCAUAAGGUUCCCCAGACUUUCAGGAACGAUGCCCUCAACUCAGCACUUCAUACCCAACCCUAAUGCCGGUCCAGGUGCAAUCAGACCAGAAUAUCACAUGAAUAGAAACAGCCCGGGGGGGAAACCGCAGUGGUGCGCCCAGUGUAAAGUGGUGGUUUUGGGAAACGAAGUCCGGAGGUCUACCAAAGACCCCGGCGAUAAACAGGAGGGCCAGGUUUGGGCUGAGGGCAACGCGGUUUUCUGCAGCCGCAACUGCCUUGUUCUCUACUCAUCCAUCAUGCAGAAUAAACCUGUAGACAGCAAGCUGAAUGCCUCUAUGCUGCCUGACUCUGAAGAGAAAUGCCCUCCCAAAGUUCUCCACCAAUACAGCAACAACAUGUCCACCCUCGAUGUACACUGCCUGGCCCAGAUGCAGCCCAAGCAGUCUCCACCGUCCACCCCUCCAAUCUCUUUUCCAUCUAUUUUUUCCGAGAUGCAGAAAUCUGAGGUCAAGCCGGAUGCCCUGAAGGUCACUGUCAAACUGAAGCCCCGACCCCGGGCCGUCCACAAUGGAGCAGACGAACCACGCUACCAUUCUGCAAAGCGUUGGAAAGGGUUACGUUGGCGCAAAUGGAGCAUCCAUAUUGUGGUACCCAGGGGAAAGUUGCAGAUCCAGAGCCAGGAUGAGCUGGAAGAACUGCUAAAGAAGCUGGACGCUUCGCUGCGACCAGAGCCGCUGCCGAAAGACCUGAGACGCUGCUGCUUCUGCCACGAGGAAGGUGAUGGCCUUACAGAUGGUCCGGCUCGACUACUAAACCUUGACCUUGAUUUGUGGGUGCACUUGAAUUGUGCGCUCUGGUCCACAGAGGUGUAUGAGACCCAGGCGGGUGCACUCAUCAACGUGGAGCUGGCGCUGCGCCGUGGUCUUAGCAUCCGCUGCACCUACUGCCAGCGCACAGGAGCAACCAGUGGUUGCCAUCGACUGCGCUGCACCAACGCAUACCACUUCACUUGUGCACUCAAGGCUCAGUGCACCUUCUUCAAAGACAAAACCAUGCUUUGCCAUCUGCACAAGCCCCGUUCAGGCAAUGGUGCUGGGAGCACCAUGUUCGGAGGACUGGAUCACGAGCUGCGCUGCUUCACAGUGUACCGCCGCGUUUAUGUGCAGCGCGACGAGACACGCCAGAUCGCCAGUAUGAUGCAGCGUGCCGAGCGGGAACACACCUUCCGUGUGGGCAGCCUGGUAUUUCAUUCAGUCGGGCAGCUCCUGCCCCAACAGAUGGAAGCCUUCCACUCAUCAGCUGCCAUCUUCCCUGUCGGCUACGAGGCCAGUCGGAUCUACUGGAGCAUGCGCCAUGCCAACCGCCGCUGCCGCUACCUGUGUUCUAUCGACGAGAAGGACGGCGCCCCUGAAUUUACCAUCCGGGUGGUUGAGCAAGGGUACGAGGACCUCGUGUUGACUGGCUCGUCUCCUAAAGGAGUGUGGGAUAAGGUUCUGGAGCCGGUGGCCGAGAAGAGAAAUGAGACCGGCAUCCUUAAACUGUUCCCCGUUUACCUGAAGGGAGAAGAUCUGUUCGGACUGACCGUACCUGCGAUCACGAGGAUCGUGGAAUCGUUGCCCGGAGUGGAGGCAUGUUCUGGCUACACGUUCCGUUACGGGCGUAAUCCUCUGAUGGAGCUGCCGCUGGCUAUCAAUCCCUCUGGGUGCGCCCGAUCCGAACCCAAGGCUUGCACGCAUGUCAAGAGGUGUGUGUUAAGGCCUCACACGCUGACCAGCGGCUGCUCCAUUAAAACCUUGCAGACCAACGGGAGCCCGUCUGAGCUCACCGGCGCCCCCUACAGUAAACAGUUUGUGCACUCCAAAUCCUUUCAGUACCGACGCAUGAAAGCCGAGUGGAAGUCCAACGUCUAUCUGGCUCGUUCACGCAUCCAGGGCCUGGGGCUGUACGCUGCUCGAGACAUUGAGAAGUACACCAUGGUGAUCGAGUACAUCGGAACCAUCAUUAGGAACGAGGUGGCAAACCGCAAAGAGAAGAUGUACGAAUCACAGAACCGUGGAGUUUACAUGUUCCGCAUCGACAGUGAGCAUGUAAUAGACGCCACCAUAACAGGAGGACCUGCACGAUACAUUAACCACUCCUGCGCCCCCAACUGCAUAGCAGAGGCCGUGACCUUUGAGAGAGGCCACAAAAUCAUCAUCAGCUCCAACAGGAGGAUUCAGCGUGGGGAGGAGUUGUGCUACGACUACAAAUUCGAUUUUGAAGAUGACCAGCAUAAGAUUCCUUGUCACUGUGGCGCAGUAAACUGCAGGAAGUGGAUGAACUGAAUCGCAGCGGACAGGCAGAAAGUUUAAGCUCCACACAUAUGCAUUCCUUGUGAACUUACUUUUUCCCCUCCCUCUAGGCCCGUUUCUAAACAGGAAGUGAUGUGGGUUUUUUUAUUUUUCAAUAGAUAAUAAGACCGCAGAACUGUCAGGGUUAGUGGAGGUCGGAUUCAGAAGGGGAAAAAGAAAAAGUGGCCAGGUGAGGGAAUAAAGCGGUGGUGAAAUCCAGGAUGUACACACAGAACACACACUCACACACACACAUGCUUACAGACAUAAACACACUGGUCCUUCUGCAGAAACAGCACGCGUUUUUGUUUUUGUUUUUUACUCUGACGUGACGUCGAUGAGAGCCUCGGAGAGGAAACAUGUGCGUGAGGUUCAAAAUCUCACCAGCUGACCAGGAUGAGAUCGUGCUGGCCACAGCCUUAUUUAGAUUAUAAAGAGGCGGGUCCUCUGGAUAAAAAUAAAUAAAUCUAUACAGAUAUAUAUCUAUAUAUAUAUAUAGCGAGAGAGAGAUAUAAAUACAGAAAUGUAGACACCACUGAACAAGGAAUGUACUGAGAAGACUUCCUUAGGGAUAAAGCUAAGGGAUUAUUAACUUGCACUAAAACAUCAACAACAAAAAAAAUACGGUUUAAUAAAAUACUUGAUUCCAUGAGUCAGUUUUUUUUUCCUUUGUUUUAUGAUUUCUGUAAAAUAAGAGGCGACUUUUUGUAUUUAUUAUGAAUCGAAGCUAUUUUUUAAGAAUGUCGACAAAAAAAAAAAAACGAAGAACGUCAAGCUGCUUCAGAAGGCUGCAGGUUGAACAGAACAUGUUACUUUAUAAAAUAUGUAAAUAUCCGUCUAAAAUUAUAAAAAUUAUUAAAAAAAUAAAAUAAAAAAAAAUAGAAAUAUUUGACCAAAUGCUACCUUAACUUCAUUAGAGCUAUUUGUUUGGGUGAUUUAUUUUUUUUUUUUUUCAUAAAUUUGAAAAAUGAAACAAGAGUUUAAAAGAAUACAGUGAGUAUUUAAAGAUUUAAGGAUGCUUGGAUAUAAUUUAGAUUUCGAGAGUUUAUGUGUUGUAUAAAACUGUACAGAAUCUGUAUAAAACAAAAAUAAGAAAAGAAAAUGAAAGAAAUAAAAUGAAUUCAGAGUAUUUUUGUUGUAUUUAGAAUGUAGAGUGAAUAUUGUCUAAAAUUCUGACCACUUGAAGAAUCUUCUGUACCUUAAUUUUCUUUUUCUUUUUUUUUUCUUUUUUUUACACACACGUUUUUGAUUUCUACUUCUGCAAUCAAGUUAGGCAGCGAUUGUGAUAAACGUUAAUCAGCAAGAAGCGGGCUGUGAAUUUUCUUUUAAAUCUGUGCGAAUCGAUUCAAGAAGCUUGAGCGAGCACAAGGGACUGCUUUUUUUUCUUCUCUUUUUUUUCUUUCCUUCUUUAGUAACUGCGUGUAGUGUCCAUGAGCUUUGGAGAGAAUUCUUAAUUGCCUUUUAUGUUUGAUUUGACAUUAAGAAAUGUAAAGUAUGCUCUUUUUUUUUUUUGGUUGUUUACAUUAUUUUAAAAAAAGAUGCUGUUUAGUGUUUAGUUUAAAAAUCAUGGUAUAAUGUUUUUUCUUUCUUUUUCUUUUUUUUUCUUCUUUUGAGCUUAAUAAAGAAUUUAAAACCUGGUCCGAGCACUUUGCUUACCGGUUUGAAAUGAAGUUUUUGAUGUGUGCACAACUAAAAAUUUGUUGGACUACAUUUUGUUGGUAUACUCGAAGUCCUGAGCUUGUAAUAUAAAUGGCAUGAUGUGUUUAAAAAAAAAAAAUCAAAAACAAACAAAAAAAUAAGAUUUUGAAUGAAUCAAAUUGUACAUAAUUUCUCAAUGACUGGUUGUAACGAAAUUUGUUUCUUGGAUAUUUUUUCCCCCCGCUCUUGUACAAUAUUCAGACAUUAUUAACAGUAUUUGUCAUUUCUCGGUCCUGUACAGUAGUAUACAAAAUGUCAAAAAUGAAGCCUUUUUUUGAAGUAUACAAAAGUGUAAUGGGUUUUUUUGGAGUUUGUGGAAUCAGAUUUAGGAAUAUUUACAAAAAUAAAUAUUUUACAUCUUUA